AUGAUCACCUACACGCCGGAGAGCCUCGAGAUCGGGCUCACAUUGCGACUCUACGCGAAUUCCGAACUCGGCUAUGAGGACCUCGUUUUGGGGAUGUUUCAAGAAGACCCGAAGAGCCUCCCGAAAUCCGUUGAAAGAAGAUUGAGAGAACUCUACAUAAAGCAUCAAAAGUUGGUCAUCCAGCAUCAGGGCAAGAAUUUCAUCGCCGAAUUCGUGAAGAACGGGGACACCAAACUGAUCAAACGUUUUCUCGAAUUGACGACAAAUGGCGAGGAGGCAGAGCUCUUUAAGGGAAUUGAAGAAGCUCAAGAUAUUCAAUCGCGAUUGGAGAAGCUCGAGGAAUUGAAUGAAGCUAAGAAGAUCUCCAAAUCGUUCCGGCGCUACUUCAACAAUCAGAUGAGAGUCUUCGUGAAGACAGGGAUCGAAGACGAGUUUCGAGUGAUUCUAAAAGAAUGGCUGACAAGUGGAGAGGUGAAUCUGAAGACUUGGCAACAAAUCAAGAAAUGGCACAAGGAUGGCUGUGAAUUGAAGACUUUUCGAACAAUGAAACUCAAAGAUCUUGCUGAGACCGAUGUGUUGGUGCAUAAAGUCCGGGAUUUGGCGCAGAGAAUCACGACCGAUGAGUUCUUGGAGCCGGCGAUGAUCACAAAGACGAUGGAUAGAAUUCUCCGCGAGCCGACCUCGAAACGUGUUGGUGGUAAGGUUAUUGUGAGCUCCGGGACAAUCUUCAUUGAUAAUUGGGAUGACUGGUUCAAAAAAGAGGUCGACAAGGGCGCCAAACAAAUCGAGAUCUACGCGGACAACUGCUUGGCGUUGAUGGGCGACAUCCUGAUACCAGAAACUAACCUCGUCAUUUGCACAAGCAAGGUGCGCGUCUGGAAGAAGAGUUCAAUCGAUUUGUCAGGGAGAUCUCACGAGCCAAAGAAGAGGAAAGCGAGAGACUCCACGAGUUCUUCUGAUAAUAGCAAGGAUGGAGUGGAUGGACAGCCCGGUGGAUCGAGCGGCAAUUUGACUAUCUUCACAAAGGCUUUUGUCGGUCAAGAGCUGCUCGACAUCCAGUUGAACGGUGGCCGGGGAGAGGACGGUGAAUCAGGAGGGGACGGCUAUACUGGAGGAGAUGGGAAAGGGGUUGAUUGGGCGGAGAUGAGAGACCUGGCCUCUUUCUACAGUAGUCUCUAUUGGAGCUACUGGUCGAAGUACACCGGGUUCGAGCCGAGUGGAUGGAAAAACACGUACUACAAUUGGAAUACGGGGCAACAGUACUGCUAUAAGACGUUUGAAGACUCUGCCGGCCGAAAGCUGACACUCAGUUACGCGGGGAUCAGCCUUCAUUGGUACACACCCACGCAGUACCACCUGUUUUUGUGGGUCGAGGGAGCUGAGGGCGAGACCGGGACGCGCGGUGGGAAAAAUGGAAUGGGCGGCGAGGGAGGUUACAAAGGGGAAUGUCUGAUCAUGAACCCCGAGACAAAACAACAAUUCGCCGUGGCUACGACGAGAUUGAUGGGCGAGAAUGGAGAGAACGGGCAGCCGGGGGAAGCGGGCAGCAACGGGAAGAGAGGGAACGAUCUGGCUAUCAUCGACAAUAGUGCUGGGAGUAAAGUUGAACUAGGUGACACAAACAGUCGAUUGAAGAUGGAAUGGUACGGCUCUGAAGGGGAUUACCGGCGAUUUUUUGGAUACAAGAAACACGUUGACUCGGAGAGCCAUCCGUUUAUCAAAUUCGAGAAUGGAGGAAGCUUGAGCAAAUCUCUCCUUGAGUCGACCAUUUCCACAUCGCAAAGAAGUCAAUUUUCAAAAUCGGUUGCUCAAAACGCGAUCAUAACGGAAGAAGUUCUCGAGAGAAGCAACGAGAAUUUUGACGGAGAAUCGACAUUUGUCGAACAGAUCGGUCUCACGUUGAACGACGAAGAAGAGGAAGAAGAGGAGGAGCAAUCGGAAGAGCAAUCCGUCGAACAAGUGGUCGUGUUGCGGCAAGCCGAUCAAGUGAAUCUCAAAGAGUAUACGGAGGAGAGUUUGAAAAGGGCAAAACCUCCACUGACAGCUUCAAAAGUGGCGACAGCUGUAAAGAAAACGGGGCGACACGGGAUCAUCACGGCCACCGCGCAAUGUCUCUUCGAUCUCUUCCAAAUCGAGAUCGAUUGGAAUCUGCUAGAAGAUUUGCGCUUUCCAACUUUAUUCCAGAAGAACCAUUUCGUGCACGCCGUCGAAGAGGUCCCAUUGCAAAGGACUCUGAUCGCGAUCAGCCAAAAUAUGAUCCAAAAGGGGAAGAGCUAUCUCGAGAUUCACGAGUUCGCGAGAUCGGUGGCUCUGCGCAGAAAACUGAAGUUCGAAUUGACGGAAAAGAGACAUUUAAGCUCGCGAGCCAUUCAAGAACUGAUUGGAAUUGACGAGAACUAUCAGAAGGAUCUCUCAGAAUGCAAAAAUAAAAAAUAUUUGGACGGUUGUCGCGCGGGAGAACCGGUUGCAAUGGGCGACAUCGAGCUGAAAGAGUUGAUCGAUUCAGUUGGUCGCGAUUUCUCAAUCUUGUACACCAAAAAUGAGGAACUCCUCGCUUUACAACAUUUUCUGAAGAGUUUCCCGUCCCAUUUGAAAGUGAUGAUCGAGAAUAAUUUGAAAAAUGAUCAAAUGAUCUGGUCGAAUGGAGAUGGAGAGGCUUUUCUGGCCCCCUAUCUCAAGAAGGCGAAAGAGGAGGAGAACGAUCACGUUGAUGGAGAAACACCCCAGCCACCACGACAAAACGAACCGCUCACUGAACUCACUGAGGAACAACGAAAGAAGUUCAAAAACAUCGUGAGGGGGGUGAACAGCGAGGACAACUCGGAGAGAAUCAAUGAGAGUAUCUCUCUACUCCGAGAUCUUUUCAAGGCUGAGCCAACUCUAGCGAAAAGAUAUGGAACUUUGCCGAAGCUGUUGACUGAGAACCCGGCUGAUCACCAAAAGAAGGGCAAAUGGGCGACAAAGCUUAUGAAUUUCGUGAGCCAGAAGGAUAGCGAGGACGAGAAAAAAUUGACAGUCUUCCUCAUUAAGGCCCAUUUUAUCGCGCAAGAAGUGUUGCCAUUUCAUCGACGACUUUUCAACUGCAAUCUGUUGACUAAAGCUGAUGCUAAAGAGCUCGAGUUGUCAGAUUUUGUGAACGAUCUUGAGGACAAAGAUUAUUCAAACUUUGUAAAAAAUCUGAAAAGUCACACGUUGGAUUUGAGCAAAAAGCUUUGCCUAGAGGAGAUGAAGAGGAAGCGGAACUCGAGCUCAGCGGUUCUCUACUUGAAAGCUCUAGCCGACAAGAGCCAGAUCACGGCUUAUAAGCUGUCCGGCUAUAAGCGGCUGGAAGAAUGCUGGGUUUUUAAGGGAUCCAAAGAAACAAAAGAUCAAAAUGAAGAAAGAUUCGUGAUUUCUGAAGAAAGAGCAUUUGAAAUCGAGGUCGAUCAAGAUUAUCACCAGUUUUUGGCUUCUCAACAAACGAUUCAAGAGCACUUUGGCCUAGUAGAUCAAAAAGAACAAAUUCCGACAACCAUUCAACAGUUCUUUGAAAAAGAACUACAACCGAUUGUCCUUGAGUGGCUAGAAACCUUCUCAGCGGUGGCCAAAUUUGAUCAAUUGUUGAACUUUUUGGCUACACGUUUCUUCAUUGACGGCUGCCACUUAUCGCUCUUCGAGCUCCAAUUCGUUUUCUCGACUUUCACUCACCUCACCGUUGAAUGCCGAGCCGAUCCUAAAUUUCUGCUUACGCUGCUAUCGACAGUCUCGCAAACUCGAUUCGUCGACGUUUUUCUCUACAUCCGACUUUGUUAUCUCUACGGAAAGAAAUUGGAGGACAAGAUCUGGCAUAAUCUGAGGUUCAUCUCGAAUCCAAGACAUAAGAUCAUCCUCGCAUUGAAGCUCGUCGAGCACAAGAAUGUCCCAUCAACAGACACCCUCUACAAGCUGAUUCUCAUGCUCCAACACUCUUCGACUGACUCUCAGAAGCUCGAGAAUCUGAGCAUGGAGAUGUGGAUCGAUAUAGCGUUGAAGCAGACUUGGGCGGAGAUCGGCUCGAUGAUGAACGAGUUCGGUGAAGCAGGGUACUACCUCGGCGUCCUCGCCUCAAAAGGCUUUACCGAGGAGCAGAAAGCGAUGAGUUCUGUCCUAAAAUCGGUGAAAUUUAUUCCAGAGAAGCUUCUCGGUCUCUUCGUGACUUGGAUCUGUAAUGGCGAGUUUGGAGAAAAUAGUCUAGAAGCCAUUAGAGAGUUGGAAGGGCUGAAAGAAGCAGACGAUUGGAGCGAUGAAGAGAAAAAGGGAGAUUGUGCCAAAUUGUUGACGAAUGAGAAAGACCAAAAAAAUUUCUUUGACCAUAUUGGUGGGGAUUUCUUGAGAAAGCAUGAGGAGAUGAGAACGACCGAAUCGUUGAAGCAUCUCGUUGUCGGAAUGCACGAUGAUGCAGAAAUGAACGCAAAAGUCUCUGCCCGAGUCGAAAAAUGUUGUGACGCUUUGCAAAGUUUGGAAAAAGGCGAAGAGUUAAAUGAGAUUUGUGGAAUUCUGGCUCGAUUCGACGGAUAUUUGAAAGAAAUUGAGGGGAAAACGUUGAGAAACACGCAAAAAAUGGCCGUUCUUUGCGCCGUUGAGGGAAACGGACACGUGCUUGAACAAAAGAAACUCUUCCACGAGAAUUGUCCGGUUAUUAAAACAAAGGUAGAUGAUUGGGCGAAAAGUGUCUACGACGAGAUCUGUGAUCAGUUGGACUCCGAGAGAUCGACGCUUGUCAUAUGUGACUCGAUUGCGCAAGCAGUGCUGCUCGAAGAGAAACUGAGAAAAAUCUUUGAGGCCGAAGAAAAGAAAUCUUCUAUGCUAGAUGAAUGCUUCAAGACGUUGACAAUGUACACUCGGAGCCACGAUCAGUUUAAUUUUGAUGGGGAAACAGCGUUGCAGCCCGGGAAAUUACUGAUAGCCACAAAUCUGGCGGGUAGAGGAACGGAUAUCAAGUUGAGUCGAGAGCUGGAAGGCAAUGGAGGGCUUCACGUGAUCACCGCUUUCAUGCCACAAAACGCUCGAAUCGAGGAGCAGGCUUUUGGGAGAGCCGCGAGAAGCGGUCAACCCGGAUCGGCUCAGAUUAUCGCACUUCUAGCAGAAAGAGACGGCAUCAAGCCCUCGUUCUUCCAAUUCAAGAUGUAUCGCGACAACUUGGAGGUUCAACGGCUUGCUGAAUUGAAAGUAUUCUAUGACUAUCACACCGAUAUUGAGGAAACUUGUUUAAAGAAGUUUCAGGAGCAUUGCAGCGAAGUGUUGAGUAAGGUGUAUUCCUCGAAAACAACGGACUCAAAGAUCGCCAAUCCGGAAGAGGUCGUUUAUUUCGCUUUGUUGGAUAAGUGGGCUCUGUGGCUCGACGAGAAGGGGUCCGAAAUCGAGCAAUGCUCGAAGAACAACAACGAUGAGGAGAGGGCAAAGCAGAAGAAAUCGAUCGUCGACUCGGUGAAAGCGUUUCUCGACAACCACCGGCUGGAUGUAAAGGAAGCCGAGGAGAAAUGGCUGGAUUUCCCUCAAUCGCAGCUCACGUUGGCCCUCUUUUCCCUGUGCAACAAGGACUUGAAAAGAGCCGAUAGAUUGUUUGAGAAAGUCAUUGCAAACGAUUUCUUCUUUGCGCCCGAAGCUUAUUAUUACAAAGCUUGUAUGAGAAUGGCGAUGAAGGAUCUCGAGGAUGAGAAUUAUGUCGAUUUGGUCGACGCCAAGAAGUUCUUCUAUUAUGCUCGAACUCUCCUCAAAGAAAGACUGGAGUCGUCGGAAAGAGAGGCGACUUUCGUUCUUCAAAACCUUCAACAACUUAACCAGAAGAUUCGGUCCAACGGCUUUGAAGUUCAACAAAAAGCCAACGCUGAGAAUAUGCAGACAAUAAUCUCAAAUAUUGAUUGGCUCAUUGGAGUUCCAUGUCACAAGGAGAUGUUCCACUCUCAGAAGAUCUCAAAAGAGAUGAGCUUCCAGAUUUUUGGCUCUCUCGAAUCUGAUGGAAUCAUCUCGCCGCACGUCUUCACGAACUUUGAGCCCCAGGGAUGGAUGUUAAAGGCUGUACACGACAAAUUUGGGCUAUCAAACGAGCAAUUGAAGAGGUCUCUUGUGGUAGCGAAGGCCAGCAACAUAUUCUUCUAUCGAGAUACCGGCGAAAAGCAUCUCGACUUUGGGGAAUCACCGAAAGUCGACGAUGACAACGCGUUUUCGAUUGCCUUGUUGCCGAUUUUGGAGAACACCGUCAAAUUGUCCAACCGGCAGUCAUUCUACACGGAGCUGCACGAGAGCGGGGUUGUGAAAAACGUCGAACAGCUGAAAUACGCGAAUCCCGGUCAUGAAACGGAAGUGAAACUGAUUCUCGACAAGAAAGAGAUCGACCCAUUCGCUCUGCCAACUGAAGGCCAGCAUUUGGUGCUGAACAACGGAAUUCAAGAGAACCGUUUGUAUUAUAAAGCCGACGACUUGAAAGAGAUUGAGGAAAUCGAGGGGAAGAUGAUGGACGAGUUCAUUGGCGAGAUCGAUAUCACGAUGUUGCGGCGAUUCUCCUAUUUCUCCGACUUUGACGGGGUCCAAGUCGACGAGCUGGCUGAAUAUUUUGAAAUUCCAGCGGAUGGGGCGGCCUGGCUCUUGCGAAGCCUCGAAGAGAUGGGCGUUUUCGAGCAACGGAUGGAGACUCGAGUACAAUUCACUCCAAAUGAUGAACUAUGGAAAAAUAAGGUCCUCAUUUUCUUAGAAGCUAAGAAAAACGAAGAGAAGAAUGGGAAUCCGAUUCGAGCGGUUGCUUCAGCGUUGGAGAAUCUUCGUCGAAUCAAAGAUUUACAACAUUUGUCGAUCGAAUUGCUGAAAUAUGUGACUGAACUGAAGGAAGAUGAUGACGUUGAGAGGCUAUACGAUCAUUUGAUGAAAGAGAAGCUCAUCGAAGAAUAUAUCCAUUCUUGUUUCCGAUUGAAUUCUCGACUCGAUGUCUCGUCUCUACCUGCCUCUAUCUCUGAUCAAGUCGGCCUCUAUCUAAUGAGCAAAUUUGCCUAUUCGUUUGCGCUGGAGCGACUUUGUGUCGAUAUUGAUAACGGGAAUGCACAGAAAGUCAUGUUCCACUCGAUUUUCCUGCCAGAAUAUCCUCACAAGCAAUUCUUUGACUCAUUAAAGAGCCAAGAAGUCAUUUCAUCGCAAAGGAUCGUUUCAAAAGAAUAUCAAAACAUCGAUGAGGACUUAUUCGAGGAGCUAGACGAGAUCAAGGGAACACUACGAGAGCACGCCUCCAAAUUGUUGGAUCAGACCGGCUACCAUCUGACCCUAUUGCCGCUAGAGAAUUAUAUUUUGGGCAGGAGCGAGACGUUGAAUUCGGAGAUAAGAUUCGUCUCCGAUAAAGGCUUGAAGCUGGUGGUCGGGGUCGGCGAGAGCGGACUGGGUUGGAAAAUCCUCACAAAUGUUGUUGGAGCCGUUGUAACAGCUGUGCGAACGGCCGUGAGUAAGAUCAAGGCAUUCGGCAGUUGGGCCUACGGGAUCGGGUCCUCGAUCGUUCACUGGGUCGGCGAUAACAUUGUCGAUCCAGUGGCCAACAAAAUCAACAAAGUGGCGAUGAAAGUGGGGAAGGCUUGUUCCUAUGUGAAAGGGAAGGUCUCCGAGUUCACGCAAUGGGUGGCCAACAGCGAAGCGUUCAAGGCGGCGAGCAGUUGCGUGAAGUCGACUUGCGGGGCGAUUGCAGCCGUUGGUGGGGCGAUUGUUGGAGCUGUCGGUGACGCUGUUACAAAAGUUGGGAAAGUUAUCGGUCGAGCCGCGUAUCAGCUGGGCGAAAUGACCGGGAUCAAUGAUAAUAUCCGAAAGAUAGCUGCAGCUGGAAGAGCUAUUGGGAACAAGGUCAAAGAGGCGGCUGAGUGGGUGGCUGAAAAAGCCGUUCAAUUGUAUGAGGGCGCGAAGCGAGAAGCCGUGAAAGCGUUUGAAUGGGUGUCGGAGACGAAACUCGUCAAAUGGGCGAAGAGCGCCGGCAAGGCGGUGAUCGAUUUCGGGAAGAAUGUUUACCAGAAGAUGUCGAAUUUCAUUUCGGCUGUGAUGGAAAGCUAUGAAUACUAUAACCAGUGCCGUUUCUAUGCAAAGAAGAUAGCUGUCGAGAGUCAGUCAAGUUCCGUGGACGAGUACACGAUUCUACGAACUUAUGUCAAUGCUCGACAAGCGACGGCCUGCGAAGAAGAGGGAGACGAGACUUUUAGACAGAAGCUCCAAACCCAUCUUGUGCUCAGCUUUGAGAAGGCUUAUGCUCGAUUGGACAAGGUGAUCUACGAGAGCGUCAUGAAAGAGAUUUGCGAAUACAAUCUGCCCCUUGAUCUCCAAUCAAAGCUCGCCACAAUUGAGACAUUUAUCAAAGUCUCUCCUUCAACGCAAAACUUCAAGAGUGAAGUCGAAGAGAAGUUCAUGAUUGAGGCGAGCAAAGUCGCGAUCAAGUUCGGCUAUCUGAUGACCGAGUUUGCCACAAAUGAUGCCCCGUUUGAAAGCAUGGAGAUGCCAGAUUUAGAGACGGAAUUUACUUUUGGGCGCCUGGAGGGUAUCGUUCGAAAAACCGUUCAAGAUUUCGCGAACUAUCAGAAAUUGGAGCUGAAGGAGAAGGAUGGAGACGACGGAUCGUUGACAAAACGGUUUAUUGCAAAAUUCGCGAUCGAGUUGGGGAAACUGAUCGGCGAGUAUUGUCGCGCAAUUUACAUUGACAAGCCGACAAAAGAUUUGACCGCUUUUAUGGUUGAGUUGAGGAAACCCGGGAAGGUUGCCGAGGUAGCCGAUUUUGAGGGCGAAGAUCUGAAAUUGAAGCGCGCGCUGGCACACUGCAAUGCGCAGAUCAAAGAGAAGAGGCAAAAUCAAGGGCUGUUGAAGGAACUGCUUCGAAUAGUCCACCAAAAGGUUGUCGACGAUGUCGGGGUGUUGAAAGUCGCGUUGAAAUUCGGCUAUCCUCUACCAAUUUGCUGUUUGGAGCGAAUUGUACCCGUUCUUGAAAGAGUCGUUGAAGCUCCACUUAGAAUUCAGCUAGCCAAGAGGGAGUACGGUAACGGAUCCGCACUGGAGGUGAUUCGAGUGGAUCACAUCGACGAUUCCCUCUUCAUCUCGAGUAGAGAUUAUCUCCGCUACAAGAGGAUCGGUGUCGGGAAUGAAGAAGAGGAGACCUCGGUGAAUUCUUUCCUUUUCGAUGCUCUUCAGAGAAGAUUCCCAUUAAAGGAGCAAUUGAAAGAACGGGAAAUCUUCCGAAAUUACCUCAUUCAAUCGCUG